AUGAUUAAGAUCAAGGCGUUGAACGAGUCGGCGGACUCGUCCGACGAAGACGUGACACAGACUCUAUUGCUGUCAGAGUUGCGCUUCUGUCGCUUUGUCUUCACGUGUUCCGAAGCGUUUUACCAGAAGUUGCGGUUCUCGACGCUCAAGAACUUGGGCUUAAUUACCAACGAUUUGAACUACUAUUUGGACGCUCUUGAGUUGGACGCCACGGAUGUGUCGCUGUGGCUGAAGACGGGCCGAUUGGCUGCACGCUGUCUCGACCACCGAUUGGCCAGAGAGUGCUUCGAAGCCGCGCACUCUUUGAGUCCAUUCAAUUGGAUAGCAAUCGAUCGACUCAUUGACACCACAUUCGUAUUGCACGAUAUCUACCAUUGUUUUCAGUUGUGCUGUUCCGCCAUCGAUAGGGAUCAGACGUACGCCAAAGCGUUGGUUCUGUUUAACGAAUGUCUUGGUCUUCAGCCACCGCUCAGCAAAGAUAUGGAUGAAAAGUAUAGACAAUUUGUGGGCGAAUACGAGACCGAAGAUUACGACCGAAUUAUGGCUGAAAUGAGACAAUUGAAGGCCAAACGGAAGCAACACUUCGACGAUGAGAGACAACGACAGGAUUCGAAGCGAUCAAAACUAUCACUUAUUUUGGACGCAAACCUAAAGAAUCUUACGUUUGUAUCAAUUGGUCUGAAGUUGAAGAAUAUUUACGAGAAGAUUAAAAAGAAUAAUCUGUUCCCUUCGACACCCAUUGAGAUGAGCUUUGACUCGAGUUCCACCUCUUCGCAGACCGACAGCGGCGGUAAUGAGAGCGGCAGCGCCAACACCAGCGCCGAUGAAAGCACUUCCACCGUUGCGGCCAAUCCUGAACAACAACAGAAGGAUAAAGACCUCAAAGACAAAGAGACUUCCAGUGCUGGUGAGGCAGAGGUUACCAACGAAUCCAAUGCUAACAAUAAUAAUAGCAAAAAACUGAAGCGAUCUCAGAGUCUUCGGAACAAACUAAAUGACGGCCUUAGCGACUUCUGUAGGUUUGGUCUCCUCGCGCCCAUUACUCCCGAGGCCAUCGCCGAGCAAAUGAAUGCCUACCGGUGUAUCAAUUUGUGUGAAAAGACUGAAUCGGAUCUAAUAAAUGCAUUCUUAGAGCGAAUCAAAGCGAUUAAAUCGCAUCAGAAUGUCAUCAAAAUUGAUGACUUGAUAAACGCUUAUUUGUGUGAAUUGGGUUCCGCCAAGAAUCUAAUAAUUCCGGCCAUUUUUCAUGACCUCUACGCUAUUCACCGGUUGACCAAUGAGUUGCCGUGCGGUCCGCUCACUGUCAUCGGCCGCGACAUAGAGUUAGACCAGAUAUGGAUGUGUUUAACAGCCAAUGAACUCAAAUUCAAUCGAAACGAGACAUUGUUUUUGACACAAAUGUUGGUUCCGUUGGAACUAAUGCUAACUAAAGACCAGUUUAACGAGUUUUCUGUGAGAUUAGCAAUGCUUAGGGGAACCAAAGAGACUGACAACGACUUCUUGAAUCACGCCAUCGAUAUUCUCUGCGAUAAUGAGAUUGAAGUGAUGGCCGCCAACAAAGUGGUGAUCAAAUACGCGGGCAUUAAAUCAAUCAUUGAAUCGCAAUCGCGUGAGAAUAUGUCCCAAAUGAUGGCCGAACACAACUUCGACCAAUUGAUCAAAAUAUUGAUGUCUAAACCCGAGUCGGAGUUGACGUCCGAUGAGAUAGUGUUGUUAAACGACGCGAUCGUGAGCUCCGAGUUAUGGCAGAAAGGAAUAGACAUUUUCUGCACCAGAAAUGAGUUAAACAGCGAGUGUUUGAAUACAAUCAUUAAGUGUGUGGAGACCGGGAAAAGGGGUCGACUUAAACAUCCGUUAGCCGUAAAACUGGUCAAAUUGGCCGCAGAGGGACACUCAGUGUUGCCGUGGAUUUGUUUAUACUGGGGUUUGAUAGCCGAGGGCUAUGUGGCCACCGAUGCCAAGAGUCAGAUCAUUAAAUUCUUGAGGUUAGGCCACCAGUAUCUGGGAAAACGAGGCACCUGUACGUCACAUAGCGGACAGUUCCUGUUGUUAGCGUUGACUCAUUUCAUUGAUGUGGACGUUGAGGACGAGAUCUUCCGGUGCUUCACGUGUUUAUACAAUUUCCCGGUCCGACGGGCUGUGAACCCGACCUCUGCCUCGUCGUCCAACGUUCACAGAUCGCCACACAUUUCACUCAAAUGGGAAUAUUGUGAACAAUUGUAUCAUUACUUCGCGCCCGAAGAACUUCCAGAGUAUGACAGUCUCGUCCGACAGACGGGUAUCACUCAAGACAUCGAGGGUUUAUUGCUUCGGAUAUUAGAGUUAGUGCCGCAACACUUGCAGCCCAACAACAGAACCGAUACAAUCACUAAAUACAUUGAUAGCGGAGACACAAUUCCCGACGACUAUAGCAAAGAGACGACACAUAUAACAGAAACCAUUUACUAUUUAUUGGCUGAUUAUUACUUCAAGAAUAAGGAGUUUAACAAAGCGCGUGAGUUUUAUAUCUUGGAUUUGACUCUAAACGUGAAUCGGUUUGACUCGUGGGCGGCGUCGGCGCUCACGCGUACCUUUGAAGUGGACCAACAGUUAAUAUCCGGUGAAAACAUUGAACUAUCGUUAUUUGAGUUAACAAUGACUGGUCAGCGGUGUUUCCAACGGGCGUUGUUGUUGGAGCCGACGGCCAGCAAACUAUGGAUAGAGUUCGGACACUUCGUGUACAACAUAUCGAGCACUGCUCUCCGAAUGCGAAAGAUAUCGCUAUUUAAUCCACAGAUGGAGUUGAAUAUAGAGUGCGAAGAUUCGAUCAAAAUCUCGAGAAAUUGUUUCGAAAUCGCUUUGAACGCCGACACCGGCGAAGAGGAGCUGUGGCUUCCGUACUAUAUGUUGGGAAAAGUGAUGGAAAAGAAUAGCAAGACUUUAGGCGCCAACUAUCUAUUGGCCGCCAUUCGCUACUAUGAAUGGGCGGAACUGUGUCUCUACGUUGACGGCACGUCAUACCCGAAGAAGAUCCAGUACUACAACCCGCCGUCUCUGGCGGUCGAAGCGCUGGAAAUUCAUUACCGAAUCCACGCUUCGGUUCUUAAGUAUUUGACGUUAACUAAGAAAUUCUCGACGCGAGUCCUCAAACGGCUCAAAACACAUCUGAUUCGUGCGCUUCGGUCGCCGUUUAGCAAACAGUCCACUCCGUCGUCGGCAACGUCUGCGGCGCCCGUCGAUCACGAUUACGCCACUGGCAGCAGAUGUGCGACCGGUCUGUCGCGCUCUCUGUCCACCGACUCUGUCGGCGAACUGAUGACCGAUUUGGUGGAUGCGGUCUCUCUUCGUGACGAACGGGUGGACGGCAUUCGGCUUAAGGAUGAAUUAGUUUUGAUGUGUUUGAAAGCAAUGCAUAGAUGUGCCAACAGAUAUCCCGCACACUAUAAGUCCAUCUAUCGGUUGGCGCACUAUUAUCACCACAAGAACAACAAUAUUAUGGCCAAACAGUUACUCAUCGGACAAGUGAUGCAAAGAUCUCAAGAGAGUCAGUCGGGCGCGGGUGACGGCCACGACUUUAACGAUAUGGUUAAACAGAUCCCCGGUUUGUUUGCCGAGAGAAAGACAAACAAUUUAUUUAACGGCAUUUGGCGGAUACCGAUCGACGACAUCGACAGACCGGGCAGUUUCGCCGCCCAUAUGUUUCGGUCGACAUUCCUAUUGGUCAGAGUUUGCACCUUCACUGAUGACUACCAAACGUUGUGUACGAUUGCCAUUCAGUUGAGCCGAACGCCUGAAAUCGGUAAAAAAUUUCUGAGAGACUCUGACCGUCAGAUUCUGGCGAAACUGGCCUUUGAUUCGUGCCAUUUGUUACUCAAAUCACACUUCGAGUUGAGUCCCGCCAGAGAUCGCGUUAUUAUGGAUGUGCAGCGCAUUUACGACCGGUUGACCAAAGCGGGCGUAUUUGUUGCUGAAGCCAAUGCUAUGGUUAAAGAUUUUUUGCCACAAUAUCGGCGGUAA